UCGGUGCUGCUACGUCGACAGGAGAGCUGAAAACUGAUUGCUCGAGCUUCGCAGAGAGGGAUGUAGCUGGGCAGGAAGCGCACAGUACAGGACACUCACUAGACAUACUUCGUAGCUGUCAGAAUAUAGCUCAGUGUGUCAGUCACAUCAGAAAUAUUACUUCACGUCAUGGGAGAGAUCAUAUUUGAUCAUAUAAUCACACAGCCUGGAUGUUUUGUGUAACGGACACAAGAAGACGUGCCUGUAAAAGGAAUUAUUUAUGGUUUGGGAAGGUUUUAUGGGAGUAGCUAGCUAGCAACUUUGCUGGCUCGUCGGAGGACAUUUUGCAAGGAUGCUACGGUGGAUAAGGCAACAGCUGGGCUUUGACCCUCCCCAUCAAAGUGACACCAGAACUGUUUACAUCGCAAACCGCUUUCCUCAACAUGGCCAUUAUGUCCCUCAGCGGUUUGCAGACAACAGAAUCAUAUCAUCCAAGUACACCGUUUGGAAUUUUGUUCCCAAAAACCUGUUUGAACAGUUCAGAAGAAUAGCCAAUUUUUAUUUUCUCAUCAUAUUCCUGGUUCAGCUAAUGAUAGACACCCCCACUUCCCCUGUCACCAGCGGACUUCCUCUGUUCUUUGUCAUCACAGUAACUGCCAUCAAACAGGGCUAUGAGGACUGGCUGAGGCACAAGGCGGACAACGAGGUGAACGGGGCGCCUGUGUUUGUGGUGCGCAGUGGCAGCCUCGUGCAGACCCGCUCAAAGAACAUCCGAGUGGGGGACAUAGUCCGGGUGGCCAAAGAUGAGACGUUCCCAGUGGACCUGGUCCUCUUAUCAUCAGACCGAGCUGAGGGGACAUGUCACAUCACCACCACCAGCCUGGACGGAGAGACUAAUCUAAAGACUCACUACUCUGUGCCGGAGACGUUGGUGUCUCAGUCAGUGUCCAGGCUGGAGGCCCUACAUGCUGUGCUGGAGUGUCAGCAGCCAGAUGCAGAUCUGUACAGGUUUGUCGGGCGAAUAACAGUAACACAACAAGGAGAAGAGAUUGUAAGACCCCUUGGACCAGAAAACCUACUGCUUCGAGGAGCAAGACUAAAAAAUACCAAAGAAAUUUUUGGUGUGGCAGUUUACACUGGGAUGGAGUCCAAGAUGGCCCUGAACUACAAGUGCAAAUCCCAGAAGCGCUCUGCAGUGGAGAAGUCCAUGAACACCUUUCUGCUCAUAUACCUGGGCAUCCUGCUGUUUGAGGCGAUCCUCAGCACCAUCCUGAAGUACGCCUGGCAGGCUGAGAACAAAUGGGACGAGCCCUUCUACAACCAGAAGACGGAGCAGGAGAGAAACAGCAGCCAGAUCCUGAAGUUCAUCUCUGAUUUCCUGGCAUUUCUGGUCCUCUACAACUUCAUCAUCCCCAUCUCGCUCUACGUCACUGUGGAGAUGCAGAAGUUCUUGGGCUCGUUUUUCAUUGGCUGGGACUUGGACCUCUAUCACGAGGAGAGUGACCAGAUGGCUCAGGUCAACACAUCCGAUCUGAACGAGGAGCUGGGACAGGUAGAAUACGUAUUUACGGAUAAAACCGGCACCCUGACGGAGAACGAGAUGCUGUUCCGUGAAUGUUCAAUCAACGGUAUCAAAUAUCAGGAAAUCAAUGGAAAGCUUGUACCUGAGGGAAUGACGGAUGACUUGCCUGACCGAUCUGUGUCUCCUCUGAGUCGGGAGGAGUUGCUGUUCCUAAAGGCAGUGUCACUGUGUCACACAGUGCAGAUCAGCUACGAGCAGCCAGGCGACGGCCCAGGGGAUCCCUUCUCCCACGCUAAUGGCUUCUCCUCCCAGAUGGAGUACUAUGCCUCCUCGCCGGACGAGAAAGCACUGGUGGAAGCCACGAAAAGGAUGGGGGUAACCUUCAUUGGUAGCCACGGAGAAACUAUGGAAAUAAAAACAUUUGGAAAGCCAGAAAAGUUUAAACUACUCCAUGUACUAGAGUUUGAUGCAAACAGAAGGAGAAUGAGUGUCAUAUUACAGACACCCACAGGGGAAAAAGUACUAUUUACAAAGGGAGCGGAGUCCGCUAUUCUUCCUUUUACUACAAGUGGAGAAAUCAACAAAACAAGAGUACAUGUAGAUGAAUUUGCCUUGAAGGGCCUGCGGACGUUGGUGGUGGCCUGCAGACACUUCAGUGUGGAGGAGUAUGAGGAGGUGGACCAGCGGCUCCACAAGGCCCGCACGGCCCUGCAGCAGAGAGAGGAGAGGCUGGCCGAAGUCUUUAGCUUCAUAGAGAAGGACCUGGAGCUGCUGGGAGCCACUGGGGUGGAAGAUAAGCUGCAGGAGAAGGUCCAGGAGACCAUUGAGGCGCUGCGCCUGGCUGGGAUCAAGGUGUGGGUGCUGACCGGGGACAAGCACGAGACAGCGGUCAGUGUCAGCCUCUCCUGCGGCCACUUCCACCGCACCAUGAACAUCCUGGAGCUGGUGCAGCAGAAGUCUGACAACGAGUGUGCCGAGCAGCUCCGACAACUGGCAAGGAGGAUCAAAGAGGACCAUGUGAUCCAACAUGGUCUGGUGGUGGACGGGGCCAGCCUGUCUCUGGCACUGCGGGGGCAUGAGAAGCUCUUCAUGGAGGUGUGCAAGAACUGCUCUGCCGUGCUGUGCUGCCGGAUGGCGCCCCUGCAGAAGGCCAAGGUGGUGAGAUUGCUGAAAACAUCUCCAGAGAAACCCAUCACUUUAGCCAUUGGGGAUGGAGCCAAUGAUGUCAGCAUGAUUCAAGAAGCCCAUGUUGGCAUAGGAAUCAUGGGCAAGGAGGGAAGACAAGCAGUACAAAACAGUGACUAUGCAAUAGCGAGGUUUAAAUUCCUUUCCAAAUUGCUGCUUGUCCAUGGCCACUUCUACUACAUUAGAAUAGCAACCCUUGUACAGUACUUUUUUUACAAGAAUGUGUGCUUUAUUACGCCCCAGUUUUUAUACCAGUUCUUCUGUCUGUUUUCACAACAAACUCUGUAUGACAGCGUCUACCUGACACUCUACAACAUCUGUUUCACCUCCCUGCCCAUACUGGUGUACAGCCUGUUUGAGCAACUGGUCCAUCCUCAUGUGCUGCAGAGUAAGCCAGUGCUCUACAGAGACAUCAGCAAGAACUCUCUCCUCUCCUUCAAGACCUUUUUGUACUGGACACUGCUGGGCUUCUGCCACGCAUUUGCCUUCUUCUUUGGUUCCUACAUCCUGAUGGGGGAGGACACGUCUCUCAUGGGGAAUGGACAGAUGUUUGGAAACUGGACAUUUGGCACUUUGGUAUUCACAGUAAUGCUCAUCACUGUUACACUGAAGCUGGCCUUGGAGACCCACUUCUGGACGUGGAUGAAUCACUUUGUUACCUGGGGCUCCAUCGCUUUCUACUUCAUCUUCUCCCUUUUUUAUGGGGGAAUCAUCUGGCCUUUUCUCCACACCCAGGACAUGUACUUUGUCUUCGUCCAGUUGCUGUCCAGCGGCUCUGCCUGGUUCGCAAUCAUCAUCAUCAUCAUCAUCUGCCUUUUCCCUGACAUCAUCAAGAAGGUGUUCUACAGGCACCUCCAGCCCACCAGCACCCAGAAGUCUCAGAUGGAAGAGGAUAAGAGUUCAGUCAGCUCAGAAUAUGACUCUGCUGAAAGCUGGAGCCGAGGGGAGGACAAUUGGCAACUGCUAGCUGCUUCUCCUCCCCCCGCCCAAGGCCCAGCCCUAUGCUCCCCUAGCUUAUUGAGACCAACUACCAGGGCAUCGGCUGCGUGGACUCCAUGUGCUGCUACUCGGAGGGGGAGAAUGGAUGCACCCGGCUGGGCCGGAUGGUGGAGCAAGUAAUGGGCCGCUGCGACCCUGCCUGCGCUAACAGGUUGAAGUGUAGUGUAGGAGACAGGGUUGGGAGGCAGUGGAAGAUGAGCAGGAUGACAGUGCUUCAGAUCCAAGGCAGGGCCUCCUCAUAUCAAUACAGAUAAGGUCUUCAACCACUCCUGUGCCAUGACAUCCCCUUACUGUACCAUGUAAUGGCACGAUGGCCGCCCAUCCAACAGUAAAUGAAGGAUCUUUAGGCAGGUCAGAGACCGACAGAAGCACUCCAGGGGCAGGUUUUCAGCUUAGUCCUCUCCCACCGCCACCCCUCACUCCUCUGUCGUUGAUGCUUUUAGAUCGAGGAGCAACUCGGACCCCUUCUAUUCCAACGACCGGAGCAUCUUGACGCUCUCCCCCAUGGAGGCCACUCAUUGCUAAGGUAGCAGAGAGCAGUUGUCCCACCAGGUGCCCCGUCCCGCCCUGCCCCAUGGCCAAACAGAGGGACUACUCACUGCACGGCCCAGGGCUGACCACCUCAGUGGACAUUCAGACUAUAUCUCGAGAAGAACGUUGAAAGCCAUGAGGCUCUGCACCACCACUUUCAGAGAUGCUGCAUUUGCCUCUGUUCUGUUCCUGUAAAUAAUAAAAGGGAAUCAGACCAAAGAAUGAUUUGUCAGAUUUAAGUGGGAAAAAAACAUGGUCUACUACUUUGCGCCUGUAGGUUAGUGCUGCUCCUGCUUCACCACCUGACUAUCUGAAAGGUCUGCCGCCUUUCCUGAGGAAAUUAGGUGGACCUUUUUAAAGCCAUACCUUCCAUUUUUACUACCUGUUUUUCAAGGUAUGAAAAUGUGAAAGCAGUUUGGUCAGGUCUCUGGUAUUUAAAAAAAUAAAUACAUUAAAAAAAAAAUCCCUGUAAUGCCUUUUCUGCUCAGAUUUGUUAGCGUUGUGUUUGUUCCGAAAUGUCGACAGGAGAAUGUCCGUAUAAUAGCUUCCUACGAGAGAUGUUGUUCCACCAAUACAGUGCCUUUUGAGAAGUGUAACUUGGUCCCCCAAAAAAUUGUCACCUAAUUUUAACAUUUUGUCAUAAAAAGCACAUGUUCAACUUAAUAAAAUCAACUUUUUCCCAUCAAGAGGUUAAAUAAAGAAAUUACUAUAGUAAGUGCCAAAUAAAGUAUCGGGGGAGGGCAAUUGAAUGCAGGCUUCACACACGCACAUAGUGGUGCAAAAAAGUAUUUAGUCAGCCUCUAAUUGUGCAAGUUCUCCCACUUAAAAAGA